AAUGGUCCCAAAAUGGUCCCAAAAUGGUCCCAAAAUGGUCCCCUAACUUCCACGCCCAGGCACAACGAAGCACACUCUAUCUAACCUUACUCUACUCCAUCUGUAGACCACCAAACGCAAUCGAAUACCCCCUUGAACGAGCCACAGACGUGAUCUUCUUGUACGACGGGUAGCCCGAAGCUCGAGGCCAAAAGAAAGAAAAAGAAGGAGAAGCAGAAGGAAAAGAACAAAAGCUCGAGCAGCGGGUAAGGAGCAUACACGUCAUUCUCCCCCAGAUGGGCCUUUGAGCGCAUCUUCGAGGCCGCGUCCUCGCCUACUGUAUAUCUCUAUAGUACCUACAGCAGACCGAGGUUGAAUCAUAAUGGCGGCCACGUCUUACAGCAAUGGCUAUAGCCAUAGCAAUAGCCACAAUCCCGCCUAUGGCCUGGUCCAGAGCGCAACCAAUUCCUACUCGCCCUACAAUCGCCCACCCUCGCCGUCCUCCGCAGCCGACAGCCCCCCGUCUGCAUCGCAAAGAUUGCUGGCUCGUCUGAGGAUAUAUUGGCACGGCCGUGGAAAGAACCUGGCCUGGAACUUCCUCAUGCAGGCCGCCCGCCGCGUCAAGGCCAACCUGGCCGCCCGCCGCCUCUUGAGCUUCCCGCACCUUCUGGUUCUGCUGUGGAUGCUGGUCAUGCUAUGGGGCGAACGCUGGGCGUUCACAAGACAGGUACAGAGCUGCGACUGGGACCAUUGGGAAGACUGGCCAGAAGAAGCAGCGCCCCAUCGCUUGGUACUCGUCGCUGAUCCGCAGCUCAUUGAUCCGCACUCGUAUCCCGGGCGCCCGUGGCCCUUGAAUCCUCUCACCUAUACGAUAACGGACAACUAUAUGCGAAGAUCCUACAAGGCCCUGCAAAAGGACCUCAGGCCAGACACCGUCAUGUUCCUCGGGGACCUGUUCGACGGUGGCAGGGAGUGGUCCACCGCACACGGCGAAUUUGACGAGCCCGAGUGGAUGCGCGGAGAGCGGCCUGCCGACGAGGCCAAAUACGCAAAGAAAUGGAACAAAAAGUACGGAGAGGACUUCUGGCUGCAAGAAUACUUCAGAUUCACCGAUUUGUUUUACGCCAACUGGGCCCUGGGUGGCCUAUCUCCAGGCGCCUGGCAAAGAGGUAGGAAGAUAAUUGCCAGUCUACCCGGAAACCACGACUUGGGUUAUGGCCCCGGCGUCAAGCCGGUGGUGCGGAAACGCUUCAGCGCCUAUUUCGGCGAACCCAACAGGGUUGACAUCAUCGGGAACCAUACCUUCGUCUCUGUCGAUGCUCUCUCCUUGAGCGCCGGCACUGACCCCAAGAAGAACGAAUAUCUCAACGGCAUGAAGGCCAUUUAUAGCCCCGUCCACGAAUUCCUCGACGACGUCGGGGCCGAGAAACGGAGGGCGGCCCAAAGGGAGCUCAAGUUUUGGAAUGGGCAGAUGGAGAACUUGAACUACGAUCACAAAGUCGAGGAGAUCAGUGACGCCGCCUUGAAGCCGUUACCCUCACUAGACGCAGGCGACAAGAGUCCAGAUUUCCCAACUGUAUUGUUGUCACACGUGCCUUUAUGGCGGGACCCAGGAACACCUUGUGGUCCGUUAAGAGAACGGUCACCACCAACGAAGCCCCAAAGGGGCCAGACCGCGCCUGUCAAUCCAGACCCCCGCAAUGCCCUCCAUAGCGUUGGUCAUGGCUACCAGUACCGUAACGCCCUCACGGAAGAAGAUUCUGUUCGGCUCAUCAAAAGCAUUGGAAACGUUGUCCAGGCGUUUUCAGGGGACGAUCACGAUUACUGUGACAUAAUCCACACCGAGACGAAGAACAAAGUUCGAGAAGUCACAGUCAAAAGUAUCAGCAUGGCCAUGGGCGUUAAAAUCCCCGCGUUCCAAAUGGUCUCGCUCUACAACCCAAUCGAUGAGAAGGGCGAGUCUCUGCUUGCGGAAGGAAUACCAACCCUGCAGACACACAUGUGCCUGCUCCCCAAGCAGCUCUCGACAUACACCACAUACAUCGCUUUAGCUAUUUUGUCGCUUCUCAUCCUCGCCAUGAGAGCCUUCCUUGUGCCGGUUCUCAACCUGCAACCCUUUGCUCUUGAUGUUGUUCCGCAAACGGAUCCGUUGAGCUUGCCUACGUACAACAAGAUGAAACGAAUCGAAGCAGAUCCCGAGGACGGCUACGGUGCACCCUCUUCGGGGCACUCGACCUCAAAGUUCCUUUCCGGGCGUACAAGGGCCCGUGGGGCAUCUGUCACAUCCAAUGGCAGCGCACGUGGCAUCUCGCCGAACCCGAAAGGCGGGAAAUGGGGAUGGGGUGGCGCGUCGCGUGGCCCCCGCAUCGAGAUACGGAGAGAGCUGUACGACGGGGGCAAGUCUCGCGGUGUCCAGUGGCAAGCAUCGCGGCGGCCCAACUGGCGCUCUACACUUCAGACUCGUACCCAGCUCUUAGGGAGGGAGUUCUGGACGACGAGCUGGAGGGUCGCCUGGAUGGUGCUCGGCUUCUUCGCGUAUCUUACUUAUGAGGGAUAGCUGUACUGCAUUAUCAAGAGGGAAGAAUGUGUAUUGUUGAAUUGUUGUAUUCUAGAUCAUUGCUUAGAAAGGCGUUGGGGAGGGGUUUUUGCAUUGCACAGGCGCGGCGGCAUAAAAUGGUUGUAUAUUGCCAGAUCUGUACGAGGCAUAUUUGAAGGGAAAGUGGCACUGCACAUGGGAGCGGGACGUGUAUCAUAGGGUGCUCACCAUCGAGUCCGUCAGAGGGUAUCACAUACCUUGUCCGUAACUAAUAUAUUGGCCA